AUGAAUUGAAACUAAUGUUUUUAUUUUUUUCUUACUUCUUCUUCCUCCCAUUCUCCAGUCUGAAAUUCCUCUUCUAAAUUCCCAUCUUCCAGCUCCUUCUCCUCAUGUUAACGCCUCCAUCUCUACUCUCGUCUCUCUCGCAAUUCGCAUCAGCAGCUCGACACCCAUCUCUCUCUCUCUCUCUGUUAAAUCACGCUAGAAACAAAAAUCCCGAAUCCUACUCUCCUGUCUCUCAAAUCUCUUCUCUUUUCUCCUUCGUUUUUUUUCCUGGCGACGAACCACCUUGCUAUGACUGCCACCGUCGUCAAGAUAUGAUUUUUGUAUGUGGGUGAUGUUGAGGAAGGUGUUUUCAAGUAGAAAAAAAUCUGUAAAAAGCAUUUUGGUUCAUGUAGAAGCAGUUUCCAACGCCCACGCCUAGCCUUCCCCGCCCCGCCUCCGUCCGCCGACUCCGCAGUAGAAGCAGUUUCCAACGCCCAAUUUCCGGUAUUGUAGGUUUAAAUCUCUUCUACUGCACUUGAAUCAUAUCCUUUCUCAACCAAUGUCUAUGUCCUUCAAACUUCAAACCAAAUAAUGAGCCUACUCACCAGAGCUUCCAAAGUCAAUAACCUUAAAACUCUGCAGAAUCCCCCGUCCAGCAACUCUCCAUUCCUGUUACCAGACCCUGUCACCAUCACUAAUCUAUUACUCAAAUCAAACAAUCCAGAGUCACUAGCCCAAUGCAUCAACACUGUUUCUCCGUGGACUCCAGGUUUAGUCCAAGCAAUUCUUAAACGCCUCUGGAACCAUGGCCCUAAAGCCCUCCAAUUCUUUAAACUUGUUGAAGACCACCCAUCUUAUUCCCAUUCAGCUAUUGCUUUUGACCAUGCUAUCGACAUCGCUGCACGAAUACGAGACUACAAAGCUAUGUGGACCCUUGUAUGCAAGAUGAGAUCCAUGAGAUUGGGCCCCUCCCCAAAAACAUUUGCUAUUAUGAUGGAACGGUACGUCUCUGCUGGAAAGGCUGAUAAGGCUGUGAAGAUAUUUAUGUCUAUGCACGAAUAUGGCUGCCAACAAGAUUUGUAUUCAUUUAAUGCAUUGCUUGAUGUAUUGUGUAAGUCAAAACGAGCAGAGAUGGCAUAUGGGCAGUUUAAAGUAUUUCGGGGAAGGUUUAGAGCUGAUGUGGUCAGUUACAAUAUUAUCGCAAAUGGGUUUUGUUUAAAGAAGCAAACACCGCGAGCAUUAGAAGUUAUGAAGGAGAUGAUUGAAAGGGGUGUGGAGCCAACAUUGACAACAUAUAAUAUAUUACUUAAGGGUUAUUUUAGAGCCGGGCAGAUUAAUGAAGGGUGGGAGUUUUUCUUGCAAAUGAAGAAGAGAAAACUUGAGAUUGACGUUGUGACCUACACAACAGUGAUUCAUGGGUUUGGUGUGACUGGUGAGGUUGAGAAGUCGAGGAAAGUGUUUGAUGAGAUGAUUGGAGCUGGCGUGCUUCCUUCAGUUGCAACUUAUACUGCUCUAAUUCAAGUUUUGUGCAAGAAAGAUUGUGUUGAAAAUGCCAUCAUAGUGUUUGAGGAUAUGUUAAUGAAAGGUUAUGUGCCAAAUGCAACUACCUACAAUGUAAUCAUCAGAGGAUUGUGUCAUGCUGAGAAAAUUGACAUGGCUAUUGAAUAUAUGGAUAAAAUGAAAGAUGAUUGUGAACCAACAAUUCAGACAUUUAACGUUGUCAUUAGGUAUUGUUGUGAGGAUGGGAAAAUUGAGAAGGCGUUGGAGAUAUUUGACAAGAUGAAUGGUGGUUCUUGUUUGCCUAAUUUGGAUACUUACAAUAUCUUGAUUGGUUCAAUGUUUGUGCGGAAGAAGUCGGAUGACUUGUUGGUUGCUGGGAAGCUGUUAAUAGAAAUGGUUGGUCGAGGAUUUGUGCCACGAAGGCUUACCUUCAAUCGUGUUCUAAAUGGGCUUAUGCUGACUGGUAAUCAAGGAUUUGCACAAGAGAUAUUGAGGCUGCAAAGUACAUGUGGCAGUCUUCCUCGUCAUUUUAGAUUGUGAAAUGCUUCUAUUUUAUUUGCAUUGGCUAUUUAGAAUCUGGGCCCUGAUUAUGAGUGAAGUUAUUUCAUCUGAAACAAUUUAUGCUUUACAAAGUCAUUGGAGUGCUUAAAGAUGUGACUCAAAUACAAUUCUGGGAUGAAAGGUAAUUAAGUUUGCUAUAACUGUCAUAUUGGUAUUGAUUAUUACAUACAUAUUUUGGUAUCACUAGUAGUUAGCAGAAUUUGACAGGUAACAUGUUGCCUAAACUUUGACAUUUUUUUCCCUCUUAUUGUACUUGUUGUGCAAAUUUGUUUUUAUUCAGUAUCAAGUUUAUUCGCCUUAUCACAUCACAUAUCUUAAAGAAAGAGCAAAAGCUCUAUGUUUGAGCCCAAAGCACAUAAAAUGGUGAAUGUGUAUUUAACUUGAUUGAACCAAGUUUCCGAUAUCCCACCAUAUUGGUUAGCCAGAUUAAUAGCAUGUUACAUACAAGUGAUCUUGAAAACUUAUCUAGUUUUGUACCUAUCAAGAUGAAGUUUGACGCGAGAGAUAUUCUUUCUACCAAGGUUCUGAAUUUUGAUUAGCUGAAAGGCUUAAAAUUGUGCCUGUGUUGUCGUAUUAUGAGCAAAAAUUAAUUUUCUGACCCCUUUUAUUAAUUAUGAAGGAUUUUUGAGGAUACAUCAUAUGCUUGAUGUUUAUUAGCUUCAAUACUUUAGAGCUGAGAGUGCUCGAGAAAUAGGUUGCACAUUAAUCUACCUUAAGACAGACUGUUGUCACAGUUUUUAUUGAAAUCCUGAGUUUAUGAUAGUCGUCUCAAGCUAAAAGAAUGUGGUUGCCAACUCGUUAACAAAACCGAACAAUUUGCAGGUUUUUGGAAAUUUAUCUGAUAAUUUAUUUGAAGAUUCUGAUUUUUGUUGAUUGGCUAUAAUGUUCAACUUAUAAAGAAAUGUGAACACUAUUUUCAGCAGAUUUUAUUGUAGAUCUCUUUGGCUGUAGCUGUGGUACUAGUGGGGACGGUGGUUGUAGCACGCGAUUUCUGGGUUGGGAGGCGGCCCCUGUGUGCGUGGGCGUGACAGUAGUUGUUGUGGCCAUGAACCACACUUUUGGUACACCUCCAUUUCCUGCCAUCUGUUCUCCUACAUCUCCUGGUUCUGAAUCUUUGCUGUUUUUGAGAUUGUAAUCCAAUACAGAGUGAUCUGAAGUGAUUGGGAUAUAAGAGUGUUGCACAUGAACACAAUGUACAUGAAAAAUAGACUGUAGAAAAUAUCAUCAUGAAUAGAAUGUUUUUAAGGCAGUUGUAGAUUUUAACAAAAUAUUAUUGAUAUUUAUAGUUCAUAAGACUUUGAAGUUAUAGAUGGAACUUAUUGAACAUUAUGUUAAAUAUAAAUUGAUGUGCAACUUCCUAAAGAUAUGCAAUUUCUAAUCUUGACUCGA